AUGUUCUUGUCUUCUAUAUUGGGCUCCAUUGGUCUUCUGCUCUUAACCAGCGGCGCGACGACAACCUGGGCAGACUAUGCGUCCGGGCACGAUGUACCAACCGCAACUAUUGACGCGGGUGUCAUCGUUGGAAAGUCUACCUCACUUCCCCAUGCACUUGGACCAGUGCAUCAGUUUCUAGGUGUGCCCUUUGCAUCACCACCCGAAAGAUUCUCUCCACCGCGAGCUGCAGAACCCUUCCAAGAGCCAGUCAAUACCACCGAGUUCAAACCAGCAUGUAUCCAACAAUUUCGAUACCCGUUGUCAAGUUCACAGUUCACGCAGGCUGUCUUCAAUAACCCGCCACCUGAAGAGUCGGAGGAUUGCUUAUACCUCAAUGUCUAUGCACCAUCGACUCCCGCAGGAGGUAAUGGCAGGGCUGUAAUGUUCUGGAUCUACGGUGGCUCACUGCAGUUCGGUAACGCUGGUCAAGAACAAUAUGACGGAAGCAGUUUCGCGGCAUACGAAGAUGUCAUCGUUGUGACGACGAACUACAGAACGAACGUAUUUGGCUUCCCUGCUUCACCAGAACUGCCAUUAGCAGAACGCAAUCUCGGCUUCCUCGACCAACGUUUUGCCCUCGAGUGGGUACAGCAAAACAUCCACGCUUUCGGCGGCGAUGCGUCCAAAGUCACCAUCUUCGGCGAGAGCGCGGGUGCUUUCUCAAUCGAUGCGCUCUUAACCAGCUUCCCCAAGGACAGUUCCCCACCAUUUCGGGCCGCCAUCCUACAAAGUGGCCAGUACAGCUAUCGUGCAGCUCCUGCAACAUCGAGCAUUCCCGCUUGGAACAAUCUCACAGCAACGCUCGGGUGCCCAGGAACACAUGAGAGCAACUUGACUUGCGUAAGAGCGGCAAAUGCAACGACUGUGCAGACCAUCAUCAACCAAAACUCGCUCGUCUUCAACCCAGUUGCUGAUAACACCACUUUGGUGUCAAAUCCAGCGGCACAACGCCUAAGCGGCGAUAUCGCGCAUAUACCAGUACUAGGCGGUACGAACUCCCAAGAAGGCCGCGUCUUCUCCGUCGGCCAAACAAACGUCACUGCCUACCUGCAAGCGACCUUCGGAGCCGCACCAGCACUCAUUCCCGCGAUCGAAGCUGCAUACCCAAUCGGUAGCAACGGUCUGACCAACGGCUACGACGUAAUUUCACAGAUUGUCACUGAGAUCACAUUCCAGUGUCCACAAGCACUAUGGGCCAAUGCGACAGCAUCCAUCGGUAUUCCCACCUGGCGUUACUACUUCAACGCUUCUUUCGCCAACACACAAGCUUAUCCCCAACUCGGUGCCUAUCACGCUUCUGAAAUCCCUCUCGUGUUUCGCACAUACCCCCUUGCUAAUACGACGACGCAAGAGUAUGCCUUGGCACAGUUUAUGCAAAGUACAUGGGCCAAGUUCGCGAAGAACCCUUAUGCUGGACCUGGAUGGAAUGCCGUUGGUACGGGUGCUGAGGGUAAUGUCUUGGUUGGUGCCUAUGACUUUGUGGCAGGUGGAGUGUAUCAGGAUCAGAAUGCAACCAUCGUAGAAGGAGAUUGGAACUUGGGUGUUCUCGGCGAUGUUGGAGGUGUGAGGGGAAGUGGUGUUACUGUGCUGCCGCAGUCUGAUCUUGAUUACAGAUGUAGUCUCUUUAGGCCUAUCUUUGAGGCUAAUGUGGGUCCGCAAGGUAUACUUCCAUCUUGA